AUGGUUUUAAAGAAGAAGAAGGAAAUUCAGGUAGAUGCAUUCUUUCUUGAUCAUCAUCAGCUUGAAAAACUUAAGAGGUUUUCAAAGGCUGAAGAGCAAAACCUGGCAUCUCUGCUUCUGCACUGUGCACAGCUGAGCAAUGGCAUCCAGCAGAUCCAGUGUAUUAAACAAAUUAUGCCAUUGGUAAAGAAGAUGGAUCAAAACUCUGCAUGUGAUCCCAUGGUUAAAGCUUGUUUGGAUAUUUUGGGAGAGACAUAUUUUUCACUGGGUGCGAAGAAUCCCUUGAAAAAAGUAUUAGCAAGUUCACUAAACAGUCUUCCUGAAGAGUUUAUGACAUUAGCUGUACAAAGCUUUGUAUGCUGCCUUAGGGAAGAACUGAAAACCACAGACAUAUAUUUGUACAGAAAAGUACUGGACAACCUUGCUUCCUGUAUGGAGGACUUCAGCUUAGGUAGAGCGAGUAUUAAGAACCUGUUUGAAGAAGUUCUUCAGUUUCUGCAGAAGUCAUUGCUUGGCAUACAGGAAGAAAACAGGCAAAAUCAUGGAAAUCGUAUUGUUCAGACUCAGUUGAUGCACGAUUUACUGAUAGCCAUUAAAGUUUCAAUGAUGCUUGUACAGAAAUUACAAGAAAAUACCCAGGGAAGUCUUUGGAAACACCAUGAAUCUUUCGUUUGGCAAAGUAUGUGUAGUUUACUGAAAAGCUCCACAAACUUCCUAAUGGAUGCAACUCUUCUGCAAACUGUUCAGGCUACCUCAGGACUGGCUGUUAUUCUGUUUACUAAAGCUAUGUAUGAGCCGGUUGAAGAAUUACCUUCUUUGGUCAGUGGCUUGCUGCUUGGGUCAAUGAAACAUGCAGGCGUGCCAGCAUGGUUUGUGAGUAACUGUGGGACUCUGUGUACGGAAGAGCUUCCUGACUCGGUCCUUCUCUUUCUUUGCCAUGGAGCACUGGCUAUGCUGGAAUGGAAAAAUGGCAGCAUGGGUGAAAAUGGAGAGAAACUGUUACUAGAUAUCGCAUCAGUCUUACUGUCUUUGAGUUCAGAGUUGAAAGAAUCCAGUACGGCAACGUCUUUGUCUAGAAUCCUUGCUAUUUGGACUAAUUCCGCACUGGCUGCCCUUGUUUCAGGCUCCCCAAAUCUAAAAAUCAAACUUAAUGGGAACUCGGACGUAAUUGGGAAGCUGCUGGAAUACAUUUAUACACACUGGGAACACCCUCUGGAUGCUGUUAGACACCAAACCAAAUUGAUAUUCAAGAAUGUUCUUCGGAUACACCGAACCACCAUUACUGGAUCCAAUGAAAAAUCAGACCCAUUCUUUGCAAGGCUGAUGAAGCGUUUACUAAGCUUGGAAUGGCAUGUAAAAGGGAAAUACGCUUCUCUUGGCUGUCUUGUGGAGUGUGUGGGCACUGAAAACAUACUACAGUUGGACAGAACAAUUCCAGUACAAAUCUUGGACGUGAUGAAUGAUCAGUCUCUUGCCCCCUAUGCUAGUGAUCUUUUGGAAACCAUGUUUACAAAUCACAAAGCCCAUUUUACUUUGAGUUUUCAAGAAAGCACCUGGAUUGACCAGUGGCAUGACAUCUGGGUUUCUCCUCUUCUAGUAAUACUGUGUGAAGGGAACCAUGACCAAACUACUUAUAUAAUAGAUUACUAUUUACCAAAAUUGCUCAAAUGUAGCCCUGACAGUCUGAGCUACAUGAUUAGAAUUCUUCAGGCUUCUGCAGAUGCUAAUCUAGGCUCUCGCUGUACUAGAGGAGCUCUCGGAGCAUUAAUGGCAUGCCUAAGAACAGCCAGGGCUCAUGGACACCUGGAAUUUUCAAAUAUCAUGAGCAAUGGUCUUGUAUCCACUGAAUGUAUAAAACAGGGUCUAGUUCAUCAGCACAAUCAGGUUUGCAUUGAUGCGUUAGGUUUACUUUGUGAAACCCAUCGUAGCACGGAAAUUGUGUCUAUGGAAGAAAUGCAACUCAUUCAGUUUUUUAUGAUGUACAACUUGAACAGCCAGUCUCCUUCAGUAAGGCAACAGAUAGCUUCUUUACUGAGAAAGUUAUUUUGCAGGAUACAAGAAAGUUCCCAGGUGCUUUAUAAGUUGGAGCAAAAUAAAACCAAGCAAGAGUUACUUGAAAACUCAACUAAAAGGCAUCCUUUGGGGAUUUUGCAGCAAUAUAAGGAUUUCAUGUCAUCUGUAUGUGACAGACUUUUUGAGGUACUGUUUCCCGGUUCAUCACACCCAACCAGAUUUUCUGCACUAACUAUUUUAGGAUCAGUAGCAGAAAUAUUUUCUGUUCCAAAAGGCCAGGCACAAGUUUUUCAGUUGGAUCAGGAGAUUGAUUCUACUCGUAUCCGAACUUUGAUCCAGUGUUUUGCCAGUACUUUUGAGGAAGUAAAAGUUCUGGCAUUUGGGCUUUUGAUGAAACUACGUGAUGUUGCAUUUAAUUUACAGGAUUCUGAAACUCUAGGUCUAUUCCAAGCAGCAAUGGAUCUUAGCACAAGUACCAAGCCAUAUGAUUGUGUCACUGCUUCGUAUUUGUUGAACUUUUUAGUACAUCAUAAAGGACUACAGCAUAUUUGUUUAGGGAAAUGGGUUGAGCAUAACCCCCAGAUGGAUGAAAACACAUCAGUAAGUACAGUGGAGAAGAACACUUUAGCAGUUUUCAAGCUUUUGUUGGUGAAUGUUGAAGAAGAAAUAUUUCAAGCUAAGAAGUCUCUGCUUCAGGCAGCAGCAUCAUUCCCAAUGUACGGGAGAGUGCACUGUAUAACUGGGGCUUUGCAGCAAUUACCUUUUAAUAACUUGACAUUGGUAGCUGAAUGGAAGGAAAUGGUGGCCAGGCUCAUUCUGAUGUCAUACAAACUCUCUGCUGUGGUAUCACCAGUAGUGCAGAGCUCAUCACCAGAGGGUCUUAUUCCAAUGGAUAGUGAUUCAGAAAGUGCAGGUCGUCUGCAGAUGAUUCUGCAUGAGAUACAACCACAGGACACGAAUGAUUAUUUUACACAAGCAAAAAUUUUGAAAGAACACUGCGAAGUAGAGUCUGAAAAGCUGGCUGACCACAGGCCAAUGGAAAAUAUUUGCACAGAAAUGAGAGGUAAAGAAAGACAAACAUGUGAUGUCACAGCCCAAAUGGUUCUUGUAUGUUGCUGGAGAAGCAUGAAGGAAGUAUCUCUGCUCUUAGGGACACUGUGUAAACUUCUGCCUUCACAGGCUGCAUCUGAACCUUCAGAUGGACUGAUUACUGUAGAACAGGUUAAAAAUAUUGGGGACUACUUUAAACAUCAUCUGCUGCAGUCGAGGCACAGGGGUGCAUUUGAAUUGGCAUACGCUGGCUUUGUGCAACUUACAGAAAUGCUUUCCAGAUGUAACAGUGAGAGUCUGCGCAGGAUGCCAGAGCAGUGGCUAAGCUGUGUGUUAGAAGAAAUCAAAUCUUGUGAUCCGUCGUCUACACUGUGUGCAACCAGACGUAGUGCGGGAAUUCCAUUCUACAUACAGGCUUUGUUAGCUUCAGAACCAAAGAAGAGCAAAACAGAUUUGCUGAAAAUGACAAUGAAAGAAUUGAUAUCUUUGGCUGCACCUUUGAAUGAAUCAUCAAGUGUAGUUCCACAGGUUCAUGCUUUAAAUAUCCUCCGAGCACUGUUUAGGGAUACACGUUUAGGUGAAAACAUCAUGCCUUAUGUUGCAGAUGGAAUACAAGCAGCAAUUCUAGGUUUUAUGUCACCUGUCUGGGCAGUAAGAAAUUCAUCUACACUUCUGUUUAGCGCUCUGAUUACAAGAAUUUUUGGGGUUAAAAGAGGGAAGGAUGAAAAUUCAAAAAAAAAUAGAAUGACAGGAAGGGAGUUCUUCUCUCGGUUUCCAAGUCUUUAUCCUUUCCUUCUCAAGCAGUUGGAGGUUGUAACCAAUACUUUGAACAGUGAAGCUGAAGAGUUCAAAAUCCAUCCAAGCCUUUUCCUUUUGCUUUUAAUCCUGGGAAGGCUGUAUCCAUCUCCAAUGGAUGGCACUUACUCAGCACUGAGCAUGGCACCGUUUGUCCCAUUUAUUAUAAGGUGUGGGCACUCUCCUGUGUACCGUUCACGUGAGAUGUCAGGUCGGGCCCUUGUUCCAUUUGUUAUGGUAAAUGAAGUACCACGUACAGUGCUGUCCUUGUUGGAGGGGCUUCCAGACUCUACCAGUCCUUGCAUACGACAGAAUAAUAUUCAUGGAACGCUUCUGCAAGUUUUUCACUUGCUGCAGUCAUAUUUAGAAUCAAAACAGCUCGUUCAUUCGGACUUUCAGCAGGGGCUGGAUGACAUCAUUACCUGUAUAGGAACCAAACUGUGGUUGGCUAAAAGGCCAAAUCCUUGUUUGGUGACCAGAGCUGCCUAUCUUGAUGUCCUUGUGAUGCUGAGUACUCACCUGGGGAAGUUUCAAAAGCAAGGAAUGCAAUUUUUUGGAUUUUGGGAAGAGAUGAACAGAGUUAUUUCAGAUUCUGAAUUGGUGUCCGGUAUCCCCUACUCAUCUGCCAUACCAGGACUGAUACAGUAUCUUCAGAGCAUCACCAAACUUGUAAUAUCAGUGCUGUCAGUGACUGCAGGUCCUGACAUCCAGGGCAGCAGUUCAGCUGUUGCAAAGCAAAUAGCCAAGCCAUCAUUGUCAAUACUUCAUCUCCUUCACUGUGAGUUUCAUGAAGUACGUCUGCUUGCGUUGGAAGCAAUACUGCUGUGGUUGAAACAAAUAAAUACCAAGCAGAUAGGAGAAGAAGGAGGAGGUGUAUUGUGUUUACUCAUUGCUUUGGAGGGCAGUCUUCUCACAAUGGCUCUGAAGGAAAAGAAUCUCCAGUGUUUUUGCAAGGUGCUGGAAAUUCUUUAUAAUAUGGAUCUCAGAAAUGUGAUUCCAAAGACUGAAUGCUCUAUGAAAAUGAAUCCAAAUGAGCUCUUAACCUGGAGUUUAAACAUUGUAGAUAUCUCCAACAGCACUGAAGUUCAAAGUGUAGCUCUCAAAUUUGCCUCCAAGUUGGUAAUCCAUCUGUUGCAGAACCAUCAGCAGAUUUCAGAAGAAGUCCUGAAAAAAUGGGUUCAAGUGAUAGUUUAUUUUUGUGGAGAUGAGCAACAGACAGAGAUGUUGUUAGCAGCUGCUGAAGUUCUUAAAAAUAUAACAACAUUUCUUCUGAUCAACGAGAAGCUCGUUCUUGGACUGUCUGAUACCCUUGCUAUGUGGAAAUGUGUGGUUCUACUGCUGCAGAAUGAAGAUUUGGUAGUAAGGGAUGCUGCUGCUGAGGUUAUACAAGUGGCACAGUCUGAAAAAAAGAGCAGUAAAGGAACAGAGUUUGCACUUAGGAUAGUGAAUGCUCCGAUGGCCUUGGAUUUAGCGUUUGGCAUACUGUGCGAGCUGCUGCAGCGGUGGGGGGAGAUCCGUGCCGGUGUACCCAUCCUGCUGGAGUGGCUACUGGGAGACAGCGAUCUGGAAAGAGACUCAGAGACUUCAGCCCCGGAAGAAGAUGAUUACCUGUUUGAUAAAGGGGAAGUCAAUUUUUGGGCAGAGAAGUUGACUCAUGUCAGACAACUUAGUAAGCACCUUUUACAGCUUGUAUCAGUGACUCAUCUAACUUUACCAGAUCACGGAGAACUUAAUCGACUAUCAAGAAUAGCACUGGACCAAGCCCAGCUCAUUGGACGUCACCUUAGAGCGCUACCUCCAACUCCAGAAUUUUCCAAAACUGCAGAAUUCACAAGAUUGGCUAUUCAAAAUGAGAGAGUAUCAGUCUGCCUUAAAAUAUUAAAUCUGCUGAAGUCUGAUGAUACUUGCAAAAAUGAAAAUCUGGAAAAGUAA